CCCCCACAUGCAUAUAAAUAUGUGUGUGUGCAUGCAUAAACGCCAUCUUGCUUGAGGUUGAAACGUAGUUGAGGAGGAUGGGGACACGUGUGUACAUUGGGCGUCUGCCAUACCAUGCCAGGGAAAAAGAUGUUGAACGGUUCUUCCGCGGUUACGGUCGCAUUAAUGACAUAAUGCUGAAAAAUGGUUAUGGCUUUAUUGAAUUUGAAGACUACAGAGAUGCUGAUGAUGCAGUUUAUGAAUUAAAUGGAAAAGAGCUUUGCAAUGAGAGAGUGAUCAUUGAACAUGCAAGAGGGACCUCUCGCGGUGGUGGAUACUAUGGCGGAUCAUCUUCCCGAAGGUCUGGCUGGAUUGACAAGGCGCCCAGGUAUGGACCGCCUACACGGACUGAAUAUCGUCUGAUUGUGGAGAAUUUGUCAUCUCGUGUUAGCUGGCAGGAUCUGAAAGAUUACAUGCGCCAGGCGGGAGAGGUUACCUAUGCAGAUGCCCACAAGCGGCACAAAAAUGAAGGGAUCAUUGAAUUUGCCACCUAUUCGGACAUGAAAAAUGCUUUGGAUAAGCUAGAUGGAACAGAGAUCAAUGGCCGGAAGAUUAGACUUGUUGAAGAUCGUCCUAGGAGGCGCAGUCGUAGCCGCAGCCACAGUCGUUCAAGAUCUCGUAGUAACCGAAGGAGAUCACACAGCAGAUCGCAGUCCCGCAGCCGUUCCAAGUCUCGCAGCGAAUCUCGCUCUAAAUCACGCAGCAAAUCGAGAUCAAAGUCUGCUAGCAAAGAACAUAAGAGCAAGUCUGAGGAAAAAGAAAAAGAUAAAGGCAAUUCAGGUUCAAAGUCAAAGUCCAAAUCAAAGUCUCAAUCAAGGUCACGAUCAAGAUCUGCCUCUCGUUCAAAAUCACGAUCAAGGUCCAGGUCACAGUCAAGGUCACGAAGCCCUGAUGAUCGUAAAGAUGCCGCCCCAAUGAAAAAUGGAGGAGAUGCUCAUGAAGAAAAAAAUGAUGACCGUGAUGAUGAUGAUUGAAGUCGUGCACAUGAAAUUUACGGACGAUCAGAAAUAUACGCUAGCUGGAUUGUACAUCGUUGCAUCUGGAUUAAAUACUAUUUUAAGAAUAAAGGUUUUAUUGUUCAGCCAGCAUAGUUCAGAUUGGAUUACAAAGACAUGCGGUAGGGUUAAAGACAUAGCUUGUAAGAUUCCUUUUACUGGAAAAUUACCAGAUGCUGUCUGCAUGUGUUUUGGACUUGGAAUGGCAGCGUUCACAAAUAUGAAUAACUUCAUGAUUCCAUUGUUUUAAUUUUUUUUUGGCAUCUUGUACAUUUGUUUUUCACUGUGCAGCAUACAUGUUUGUGAGAUUAAAAGCAACCUAAAAAAA